AACGUCCCCGUACAUGCUUUGUUUUAACAUGGCUGCUCCCGCAAAGAGCACGGAUGCAUCACUCUCAGUUACUACAGGUCAAUCGGCAACUGUUUCAUCUGUGGAAAAUGUCCCACUACAGUAUAGUCUUCUUUUGGAUCACCUUAUUGGUGACAAAAGACAGAUUAAAGACUUGAAUCCGACCGUUAUGGGUGCUUUACCGAGUCCUCAGAAAACAGAGGAGCAGAAGAUGAUCGAGAGGGGAAUGGAGAGCUGCGCGUUUAAAUCACUGAUAGCAUGUGUCGGAGGGUUUGUGUUGGGAGGUGCUUUUGGUGUCUUCACAGCCGGAAUUGACUCCAAUGUUGGUAUUGAUCCCAAAGACCCCCUAAGGACCCCCACAGCAAGGGAGGUGCUGAGAGACAUGGGGCAGAGAGGAAUGUCAUAUGCUAAAAACUUUGCUAUUGUGGGUGCAAUGUUUUCAUGCACGGAGUGUCUCAUAGAAUCACAUCGUGGAAAAUCUGACUGGAAAAAUGCAGUAUACAGUGGCUGUAUUACAGGAGGUGCCAUUGGAUUCAGAGCUGGUCUUAAAGCUGGAGUUCUGGGCUGUGGAGGUUUUGCUGCUUUCUCUGCUGCCAUUGAAUACUACCUAAGAUGAACAUCAGCUUCAGGACUGUUACCAUGCACUAUUGUUUGUUCCUCACAGUAUAAUGAAAGACAUUAUCACGGAGGACAUUGUGCAAUCUUCCUUUCUCCCACUAAUCAAGAGGUGUUCCAGCCCUCCAGAAGAGAUUCGGUUGCCUGAAUGGACCAAUAUGACAACAAACUCAAGCAGAAGUCUUGUACAAUUUAAGGGAUGCCUUGACCUUUCUGUCUCAGACCAUCUGAUGCUAUGAAAAACUAUUUGUACAUAAUUGUACUGAAAAUGUCAUCCUUUGUGUUGGUUGAUGUUCUGAGCGAAGUAAGACAAAAUGUAAAGCGUUACACCUUGUCUGUGGAAAAAUAAAGUGUGGUAUCAAGUA